AUGGUGAAGACCCUAGGCGAGUGCUAUUUUCCGAUUCUUAUGUCACAGGACGUUGGUAUUUCUACUGCUAUGAACAAUACAAUAGUUCUUGAAGAUCUAGAGGAGGCUAGUGAUAACAGUAACAGUGGGGAUGACUGUAAGGCAGAUUCCUCAGAGGUAGUACUGCAGCCAUGGAUUGAAGAGCCAGUAGUCCCGCCAUAUGUCGUGCGGAAUAUGGCCGUGCUUUCGCGGGUAUUUGAAUCUAUAAGCGGUAAGGAUAAGAUGGCAAAAAUAGCGAAAUGUAUGCUGGACUUGUUGAGACAGUAUGUGUCGCGAAAACGUCGGUGGGUGGUGAGUGUUGAGCGUGAUUCGCUUGCGCAGUUAUCCAAGCUGCUGGAAUCGUGGAACCUCCGGUUGAUUCUGAGCAGGCCAGGUCUUCUGCUGCGGGUGUUUGCGGCGAGGGCUGCACGCGAACUGGAAACUAAAAGUGUGGGGGUAUGUGACACUCUUUCAACUUUUCGGCAGGUUAUGCGAUGUGGUAAUUCGCCUUUCCUGAUAGUGGACUUUUAUCGCAAGAUUCGCAAGACUUGGGCCGAAGCGAAAAAUACUGGGAACUUCUUGGAAGUGGUGAACCGCCUAUGGAUGAACCAGGCGACACUAACGGAUGUGCUGUUUCUGUACUAUGCGAUAACGGAUGAGAUGUCAUUACUCCACAAGAUGGGCGUUUGGUCACAUGAGCCGACUAAGAAGUUUGUCGACCGCCAUGGUGUGCUCUCAUGGGAAUUUGAUAUCUUACUAUCUUUGAAAAACGCAUGGUUCUCACUGCAGGAGCUGAAUGCGGAGUAUUCAGAUCUCCAGAUACAGCUACAAGUCCUCCAGCGGUCAUGGGCGUUGUCGCAGCAGUUGCAUUCGGAUAAAAGAGGUGCGAAGUCGGCUACCAGUACCACUGUGACGACGCAGCUAAUGCGCGAUUUACGUGUUGGUCCCUCGCAAAGCGAGAUAGUGGCCGCCAGAUUAGCGCAGCUGCGCAAAAAGCGUCGCAUAGUGUACUUGGACCUAGGGCGUCUCACAUUUGAUUUAAUGGCUAACAGCACAGACGUUUUUGAAAUUCAGAUACCACCUGGCACCUACAGUGCGCUGUCAUUAUGUUCCGGUGUUAUUGGUUUCGCUAAGCUUUGGUUGCUAGCGAAAGCAGAUAUGAUACAGGCUGCCUCAGAAAAUUAG